UGCACUGCCUGGUGCUGCAUGGCUCCGAGACAGAGGUGUGGGGUCCUGGGCUGUUCUCCAUCUGCAGAGCUGGGAUGGGAGCACUCAGGGCUUGGCUGGGGUCUUUCCUUCCUUCCUUCCUUCCUUCCUUUGUUCCCUGUGAGCAGCAGUCAGUGGUCCCAGUGCUGCUUCUUGAAGUGUCACUUCAGUGCCUUUCGCUUUCACUUACGGGAAAGGGAGUGGGACAGCCUGAAGGAGCUGAUAAAGGGAGGAGGGGAUAGCGCACAGGGCUGUGCCCACCUCCUGUGCCCCUGCACUGUUGCUGAGCAGUGCUGCACAGAGCUGGGCACCUGCAUGCUUCUGCACAUGGAACAUCUCACCCUGGGCUGGGUGCUGCUGCUCAGCACCUGGACUGGUGCAUCAGCUGUCAGCAUUAAGAACUGGCUGAUCAAGGAGGUGGCGAUGGACAUGGCCCCCAACUCCUUUGAUGACCAGUACCAGGGAUGUAGGAGGCUGAUGGAGGCUGAGCUGCCGGAGCUGAACCGCACGGAGUUAGCCAACGGGGACUUCGCUAAAGGCUGGAGAUUUGCCAUCAAGGAGUGGCAGAAGCGAUGGGGUCAUGCUACCAGCCCACCACCAUUGUGUUGUGAUCAGGGCAUGGCCCUGCUGGCGUACACGACAGAGGCGGAUCUGUACAAGUUGUUCAACCGAGCCACACGAGAGGGUGGGCGCUCCAGGCAGCACUACCUGAGCUCCUACCCCUUCAAGACGCUGCAUUUCCUCCUGAGCAGAGCCCUGCACACCCUGCGGGAAUCCCAGCCCCAGCAAUGCUACAACGUCUACCGCGGCGUCAAGGGCACCCGAUUCACGGCACAGCAAGGCCAGGUGGUCCGCUUCGGCCAGUUCACAUCCACCUCCUUAAAAGAGAAAGUCGCCAAAAAGUUUGGCAGUGACACGUUCUUCUUUGUGAAUACCUGCUAUGGUGUGCCCAUCAAGGACUUCUCCACCUACUCUGGAGAGAGCGAAGUCCUCAUCCCACCUGCUGAGCAGUUUGAGGUCACCGACGUCACCAACAUAGACAACGGAAACUUCAUCCAUCUCCAUUCCCGGGGGAUGUACAGCACCUACAACUGCGAGUUCGUGAAGGAGAAAAGGUGCAAGGAGCGGCCGUGUGCUUUCAGUGCAGGCCGGAGCAGCCCCACGGAACCCCCACACCUCUGGCUGAUCCUCCUGGCAGUCGCAGCCCUGGCAGCCCUGGGAGAGCCCUGAGCUGCACGCCGCACCGCUGCCAUCCCUGGAUCCGAACGCCUCUCCGUGACAUUCCCAUCAGGCCUGCUGGCCCCACAUCCUGCUUGAGCUUCUCACCAAAGCUCGUGCCACUGCCGCGAUGGCUGCUGAAGACUGACGAUGUCUGUGCUUGCGGGUCCUGCCGUGCUCACCUCCGCAGUGAGGUCACCUCCAAGCACCAAGCUGUGCUGCAUGACCAGGUUCUCCUUGCCCCCUCCCUGCAACACAGCCCAUGGGACCUGGAUAGCAGGGCACAGAGCAGCUCCCUACCCCUACUACUCUCUACCCCCCUGCUGCCGUCCCACUACUCCCCUUCCCUUCCACACUCCCUGGCUUUGCAGAGCUCUAAGUUCCUCCAGCUCUCCAUGCUCCCAAAUAUCCACAGGUUCCCCAACAGCAGAGAUGUUUCCUCCGUGAGAGCCCUGCUGGCAGCCUGCACCCUCCUCGAGUUCAAAGUUGUAGGUACUGUUUUUGCACUGGGAAUGGAGAUGGA